ACUGGUAGAAAUUCCUGAGAAUCUAUUGGUCGCGUGGUUCAAAUUCAAUGCAACUUGCAACAGCAGCCUUCAAACUUCAAAGUUCAAUUCAAACGUAUGGCCGUUUGAAAUCUCCUUUGUGAAUUUGUCAACAAUCACCAAAACUACUGUUAUUUUAAAACUUAAAAUUAUAUUUGACUUGUUUUAUAUUUAAGCUAGUUUAAAAUGACGUCGAUCAAAGAAGACGAAAAGAAAGAAAUCCCAGAAUUCAUACAUGAUCCUCAAACCAAUUGUACUUACCAGAGGUUAAGAUUUUUUGGAAAGGGAGGUUUUGCAAAAUGUUACGAAAUACAAGACACCUCUACAAGCCAAAUAUAUGCGGGCAAAAUAGUCUCCAAGAAGUUAAUGGUGAAGACGAGCCAGAAAGAGAAGAUGGCACAGGAGAUCUCCAUCCAUCGAUCACUGCAGCACAAGCAUGUAGUCGGAUUCCAUAGCUUCUUUGAGGACUCGCUCAACAUCUAUAUUAUCCUUGAGCUUUGUAAGCGUCGGUCUAUGAUGGAGCUGCACAAGCGAAGGAAAGCAAUCACAGAGCCAGAGACCCGCUUCUACAUGUACCAAAUCCUGCUGGGCGUCCAGUACCUGCACAGUAAACGAAUCAUCCACAGAGAUUUGAAGCUCGGCAACUUGUUCCUUGACGAUGACUUACAUGUCAAGAUCGGAGAUUUCGGCCUUGCUGCCCGGAUUGAAUAUGAAGGAGAGAGAAAGCAGACUCUAUGCGGCACCCCUAACUAUAUUGCACCUGAAAUUUUGACAAAGAAGGGCCAUUCCUUUGAGGUGGAUAUUUGGAGUCUGGGGUGCAUCAUGUACACUCUUCUGGUGGGCAAGCCGCCGUUCGAAACUUCCACACUCAAAGAUACUUACAAGAGGAUCAAGCAAUGCGAAUAUAGGAUCCCGUCGUCACUACGCAAGCCGGCGGCGGCCAUGAUCGUCCUUCAGCUGCAGUCCAAUCCGCAGCGGCGGCCGUCCGUGGACAAGCUGCUGCAGCACGAGUUCUUCUCCGCGGGAAUACUGCCCGCGGCUCUCCCACUGUCCUGCCUCACCACGGCGCCCAGGACUGACCAGCUCGAGGGAGUCGCGCUGCAUCGCCGCCCGCUCAAUGAAGUCAACUCUAACGAUGUGGCAAUGGCGGUGGACUCGCCGGUGAAGCGCGAGGGCGCGGGCGCGGUGGAGCCCACCUCGCACAGGCAGAACCUCAUCGCGUUGCGCGACCAGCUCGCCGCCUUGCUUGUCAGCAAGCUAAAAUGCCGUCCGGAAUGCCUGACGGACGAGCUGAGCGACCCGGGCUCGCAGCCGCUGGUGUGGGUCGGCAAGUGGGUGGACUACUCCGACAAGUACGGCUUCGGCUACCAGCUCUGCGACGAGAGCGUCGGCGUCAUGUUCAACGACACCACCAAGCUCAUCAUGCUGGCUAAUGGACUGAACGUACACUAUAUCAACAGGCAGGGCCAAGAACAAUAUAUGACGAUGGGCAAGUACCCACAGGAGCUUGACAAGAAAAUGAAACUGCUCACCUAUUUCCGGAGAUACAUGACUGAACAUCUGAUGAAAGCUGGUGCGUCGGUGCCCGUGCGAGAGACUGAUGGACUAUCGCGACUGCCGCAUCUACACCAGUGGUUCAGGACUACGCUCGCUGUUAUCAUGUAUUUAACUAACGGAACGUUACAGAUAAACUUCCAAGACCACACGAAAAUAAUCCUAUGUCCGCUGAUGCAAGCGGUGACAUACAUCGACGUUGAAAAGAACUUCCGGACUUUCCGCUUCAGCACUAUCGAGCAGCACGGCUGCGACAAGAAGCUCUACACCAACCUAACUUACGCACUAGACAAACUCAACAGUGUGCUCGCCAACAAACUCUGCUAGCUAAACUAAAUGCACUUAGGAGAUAAUUUUAUAGAGGUAACUCAAUGAAAUGGAAGCCGCUCAAGAGCAUCACCAUGUGUCACUCUCUUAAUAGACUUUUAAAUUUGCGAUUUAAAAUAAAAAUCCUUAAUGUGUAACGCGUCCAUUGCUGCUGCCCAAGAUUGAUUGCUGCUAUUUCUUGCGGUUUUAAAAACUCCUGAACUAAAUCUACGUCGCUGUUGCUUUGUUUUACCGUAAAUAGCAGCACAGAUAAACACCUCUGCAUAUAUUUUAAAAAGUGAAGUAUUAUAAUAUUUGUCCGCGUGGAAAUAUGGACCUUUAUUUUAUUCCAAAUUGAGAAAAAGAGGAACUUGAGACAUGUUGCAUAUUGGAGCCGCAUUGACGUCACAGUUAGCACAUUUUGCAUGUCAAGAGAACGACUGCUGAGAAAUUGUAUAAUAUAAAAAUAAAUUGGAGAUUUAUUUUAGAUAAGUUUAUUGAGAUGUUCGAGAGUAGCUGAGCAUCACUACAAGGCCGAUCUUGAAUUUUCAUACUUUGUUAGCAUUGUUUAUGAUUUUGUUAAACAUUUAAUUUGUCUCAAAAAUCAAUUUCGUGAGUGUUAUACUUUAUUUCUUAUCUGCUUACUCAGUUUUAGUUUUGUUAAACACCAAAACCAAUUAUUUAUUUACAUUAUGUUCUUUGCUCCUCUCAAAUCAUAAUAUAGAGAGUAGGAAUUAUUAUAGUAAAAAUAAAGCCAGUAGGUUGUUUUAGGGAAAAUUAAAAUGACAAUUAUUUCAACCGUGCCUUUGCUUAGUUAGGAUAAGGUAAAUUUUAGUUGUGCAUUUAAUUUUGACCAAUAUGUAGGAACGAAAGAUAGGCCGGCCAUAUACCACAGACUGAUUAUGUAACAACCGACCGCCAAUUAAAAUAGCAAUAGUUUAAAUAUGUUUAUGUAAAUGUAGCUCAACCUUACGGCCGGCACCGACUACUACCUACCAGCCUGUCUUGCACCACGUGAUCAAAAGCUCUGUAUGUAAUAGAUGUGCUUUACGAUAAUUAUAGGGACUGUCACCAGUUCAUGACCAGUGAUGUCGGACCACCUAUGCGAUAUCUAUAGAUAAAGCGCGUUCGAACACUUCUUCAAGAAGUUUUUGGUGUAAAAUUAUCUUACAAAUACUAUGGUAAAAUGGAUUUCUACCGCCGCCGCCACCGCAGGCCUCGUUGGUGCGACCCUACCGAAGCACCUCGACUGAAAACGCGUACAGUCACAAAUCCUUUUGAAUAUUGUUUAUUUAGUUUUAUACUAUAUUUAUAAAACUCUAGUUUCGUGCUUCAGUAACAUCGGACCUUUGGAAUUCGCGUUGCACCGAAUGCAACGAACUGUGGUCCUAGUUUAUAAUGAUUUUAAUGCUUCAGUAUUAAGGUAAAUUCGAUGGUGUUGAAGCACUAUCAAUUUGUAACUUGGAAGUUUCUCAGAGGUUAAUUGUACCUCAUGUAACAUAAUGAAUAUUGACAAUAAAGUUAAUUUAAGAAAAAAAA